UAGGACACAAUAGCCACUAAAACUUCCAAAAUGGACGACAGAGAAAGAGUUUCGGGUGUUUAUACUCCUGGAAAUAUACCAAUUACUCCUCCUGGAUUAGAAGCUAUUUAUUCUGCGUGCAGAAGACUUUACCCCGAUCAACCAAAUCCAUUACAAGUUACUGCUUUAGUGAAAUACUGGUUGGGCGGACCAGACCCCCUGGAUUACAUAAGCAUGUACGCUAACCCUGGAGAUCCUGAUCGUAAUAUUCCACCACACUGGCAUUACAUUAGCUUUGGACUUUCAGAUCUUCAUGGUGACUGCAGAGUCUAUGAACUUGGAGUCUCAGAUGGCCCAAGUGGCUUUGGCUUUGAAUUAACAUUCAGAUUGAAAAGGGAGCCCGGUGAAGCGAAUCCACCUACGUGGCCCGCAGCAUUAAUGCAAGCACUUGCUAGAUAUGUCUUUCAGUCUGAAAAUGUGCUAUGUAGUGGGGACCAUGUUUCAUGGCAUACACCCUUGGACGGCAGUGAAUCACGAAUACAGCACAUGUUAAUGACAGAAGAUGCACAAAUGCAGCCUAUCUCUUCAAUUUUGGGCGUUGUCAACUUUAUACAGAUAGUUGGUGUGUGUGGUGAGGAACUCAAAGCAGCGCAACACUGGAAUGGUCCAGGUAUUAUAGAGCUCCUCAGAUCUAAACCAGCAGCUGGAGGUGCAUGGCUAGUCACAGACAUGAGAAGAGGGGAAACUAUUUUUGAGCUAGACCCACAUUUGAAGGAAAGAUUAGACCAGGGCAUUGAACAAGAAGGGUCCAAUCUGAGCGGAGUUAGUGCUUGGUGUUCGUGGGAUGAACCUGGAGAAAACCACAGCUCCGACAGUGAGGACGAUAAAGAAAACAAAAAAGACAGAUAUGAGGAUGAACUAGAAAGGGAAGAAGCACGCAGGAGUGGGAAUGAAUCAGACAGGAGGGCAAUCAGUCAUUAUGAUCAAGAACAAAUCAAAGCAACCUUGAAAAAAGGUCUUAGCAGCACACAUCUUAAUGUUAAAGAUGACUCCCAGUCCCAGUCGAGGAAAGAGUCCUUUGACAGCACAGUCAGUUCUGAAGGUCCAACCGAGUUGAUUAGAACACGCUCACUGGAUUCAGUGCAUCUUAAGUUCAAUUUGGAAGCUGGUUCACUUCUACCUCUAGCUCUUAGGGGGCGCUUAAAACAUGGUCGGCAUUUCACCUUCAAAGGCAUAAUGAACGACAUUGCAAUUACUCUAGUCUCUUCAUCUGUCGUUGGUUCUAUAACAGAUGAUGAACAUCCAUUUGCAGCACAUGGCACAUGGUUACAGGUGUUGAUUCAAGAAGAUGCUAUUGAUGAGAUGAUUGAUGACCUCGAUGAAUUGUCCAAUCCUGAUGAGAUAUUAUGCCCCAAGACUUACAGUUGGCCAGAGAAAAAGUUGUGCAUAACAAUCUUACCAGACGAAAGCUAGUGAUUUACGUUCUCUUAGAAUUAACUUCUUUUACAUUUCAAGACAUCAAGUUUUUUUUUUUCUUUUACUAGCGGAAGUAUAAAACUAAGAUCUGUCAGACAUUGUGUUCAUUUGACUGUUGCCUCUUAGUUUACUGUUCUUCUCUUGGACUUAAUGUUUGGGAGGAAGGGAGGGCGGUAGUAAGGUGACGAAAAAUAAAAGUUUUUAUAAUUGAAGUAUAAAUCUGUAUAUUGAAAAGUAGCUUUUGAAAAAAAAAAAAAUAGAUCUAUUAGCAGUAAGUUUAUGAUUGUUUUUGAUUCUGUAAAUAUUUUUCAAUGCUGUGACACAUUCUAUUAUUAUAGAAUUAAAAAAAAAUGUUAUUUGGUUACAAUAAUAACCAUUAGCACUUCAAUAUUAUUUAUGGUAUCUCUCUCUAGACCGCUUUUUUUUUUUUUGUGGUGCACAUGAUUUGUGCAUGGCAUAGACCGACAUAUCAAAAUAAUGUCUAUAAGUGAAAUGAUUAAUUACUGAUCUUACCAUGUUUAUGUUGAGUCUGUACCUUUAAUUUAUUCACCUGAAAUCAUUUGUCGUUUGUUGUGUCACUUUGUUGUAUGUAAAACUGGGCAUUUAAUUUAUUUGGGGUGUGAAUGUGGAGAGAU